AUGUAUUCGUUGUUGAUAGCUGUUGCUGUUGGCGGGAACUUAGCCGUAUGCUAUAUUAUUUUAUCAAGUCGUAAAAUGCGAGGAAUGAUCACAAAUCUGUUUCUUCUGAAUCUAGCAUUCAGUGAUGUUGUUAAGGCGGUAAUCUGUAAUCCAUUUACUUUUGUCGCUAAUCUGAUAUUAAUGUAUUGGCCUUUUGGGGCGUUUAUGUGCCCGCUUGUUACCUACAUACAGGUGGUAGCCGUGUUUUUCAGUGCGUUUACUCUAGUAGUUAUGAGUUUGGAUAGAUAUGUUGCUGUCAUGUAUCCACUGAAGCCGAAAUUGACUAAAAAGCAAGCUCGGUAUCUCAUUGUAUUGGUGUGGAUACUAGCUUUUAUAGUGCCUGUUCCAACGGCAAUAAUGUCCAAGAUCUCUUUCUCUAACUUGACAUACCAUCCCUCAGCCAAGGGACAAUGUUUAGAGGUUUGGGACCCUCCCUCAAGAAAAUAUAUUUACAGCAUUGUGGUAAUGUUAUUACAGUAUUUUCUACCAUUACUUGUAUUGGUGUAUACUAACUGUAGAAUAGGCUAUGUGGUGUGGAUUAAGAAAACUCCAGGUGAAGCCGAAGAAGAACGAGAUCAACGAUUAGCAGCUUCCAAAAGACGGUUAAUCAAGAUGAUUAUUAUAGUCGUAACGAUCUACGCUGUGUGUUGGUUGCCUCUUCACGUAGUUACUUUAAUUGGAGACCAAGAUCCAACCAUAUUUGACUCAGAUUACAUGGUGUACUUAUGGAUGUGUUUUCAUUGGUUAGCUAUGAGUCAUUCCUGCUACAAUCCCUUCGUGUAUUUUUGGAUUAACCCACAUUUUCGGGAAGGCAUCAAGAAGCUGUUCUUCAUCUGUAAGUUUCAGAAUACGAAGAAAUCCGAUUAUAAAAUGGCUCGUUAUAGUGAUUGUAAUUCUUUUCAAAUGACAGAUGUGAAUAUUUAUAAAUAUGAAGGACCAGAAAAACUUACUUAUCACUGA